AUGCCAGCCAACAAUCACAGUGAUUUUUACCUUGCCACUUUCAUCCUGACCGGCUUUCCUGGAACAGAGGAGUCUAACUUCUGGCUCGCCACCCCCUUCUGUCUGAUGUAUGUUGCGGCACUUUUGGGGAACUCUCUCCUCUUGUUCAUCAUACUGACAGAACGAAGCCUCCAUGAGCCCAUGUACCUUUUCCUCUCCAUGCUGGCCGCUGCUGAUCUGCUGUUAUCCACCACCACAGUGCCCAAGAUGCUGGAUCUAUUCUGGUUUGGAGCAGGGGAAAUUUCUUUUGAUGCCUGCCUCACCCAGAUGUUCUUUGUCCACGUCAGUUUUAUCGCCGAGUCGGCCAUCCUGCUGGCCAUGGCGUUUGAUCGGUACGUUGCCAUCUGCAACCCCCUGAGAUACACCACCCUGCUCACCAAGCCUGUGAUCGGGAAGAUUGGGCUGGCGGUUCUCACAAGGAGUUUCUGUCUCAUUUUCCCUGCCAUCUUUCUCGUGAAGCGGCUGAAAUUUUGCAGAACCAACCUCCUGCCUCACACCUAUUGCCAGCACAAGGCCUUAUCCCGGCUGGCCUGCAGCGAUAUCACACUCAACGAAUUGCACGGCAUAGUCACAGCUCUUCUAGCAUUUGGUUUGGAUGUUGCGCUCAUCGCUGUCUCUUACAUGCUGAUCCUCAGGGCCGUCUUCCUGCUCCCAUCCAAGGACGCCCGGCUCAAGGCUCUGCGCACCUGCGGCUCCCACGUCUCUGUCAUACUGAUGUUCUACGUACCUUCUUUUUUCACUGCUUUUGCCCACCAAUUGGGGCACAUCAUCCCUGGUUCUAUUCUCAACCUUCUAGGGAACCUCCAUCUGCUCAUUCCCCCCAUGUUAAACCCCAUCAUUUAUGGGGUGACCACACAAGAGAUCUUGAGACGGGUGAUCAAGUUGUUUUAUCUGUGCUGCAGCAGAAACUUCCUGAUAAUGCUUUGGCACUUGGAAAUUAACACAAUGUCUUCUAUGAACUCUAGGGGUGUUAUAAUGAUGGACUUCCAAUGGAUCAUUUAUCAUUGUAUUGAUGAGAACUGGUCCUAG